AUGGCUCCUCCUGCAACAUUGGCUCACUGCCGAUACGGCCAGACCUGUUCAACCUCUUCUAAAGCCUUGGUCACUCUAGACACAGCUCCAUGUGUUCCCACUCAAGUCAAUGUGUCAUUAUCUUGUGGGUCGGACACUGCAUCUGUUUCCUGGACAGCAUCCAGUGGCCUUGUUUCAUACUAUACAGUAACAGCAGUAGAUGAUAAUGGACGUACUCUAACCAGCAACUCCAACAGAACUUCCUGUGACAUCAGCGGCCUGUCGUGUGGUCAGGCGUACAAUGUGUCAGUCACAGCUAUGAGUGUGGACUGCACUGGGCAACGCAGUGAAGUGCGUCGCAUCACUACUGCUCCCUGUGACCCUCAAAACAUCACAACUGUGCUCCAGUGUGACACCAACACAGCCAACGUGACAUGGGCUGCCAGCGCAGGAGCUAAUGGGUACACAGCAAUUGCAACAGACAGGCAGCAGCAACGUUUAGCUUCUUGUCACUCUAUGGGAACUUCCUGUCAGCUGACCUCUCUGCCGUGUGGGAUGAGACUAAAUGUGACUGUCCAAGCUGAUGGCACCACCUGCAACAGCAGCUCUCAACCUAAAGCUGUAGUGGAAACAGCUCCCUGCAUUCCCACCAGUGUUGCUGUCGCUCUAAACUGUACAUCCAACAUUGCUUCCAUCACCUGGUACAGUGCACUUGGUGCCACUUGGUACUUGGUAAAGGUGGAAAGCAGCCAAGGGUACAAGACAUCCUGCAACAACACUGUCACUCAAUGUGAUAUCCCAAACCUGCAGUGUGGCCAGGAAUAUUCCAUCACAGUCAUGGGCAUGAAUGGUGUCUGCAUGGGCCCGGCUAGCCAGCCUGUCACUCUCGUCUCAGCACCGUGCCACAACACUGGCAUUCAAGCCAGUCUGGACUGCCGCAGCAACUCAGCACUCAUUUCUUGGACACCAGGCAAUGGUUCAUUAAGUUUUAAUGCAACACUUCAGUCGCUCCAGGACCCCCAAAAGCACAACUGCUUCACCAAUGGCUCCUCCUGCAACAUUGGCUCACUGCCGUGUGGUCAGCACUAUAACAUCUGUGUUACAGGAUACGGCCAGACCUGUUCAACCUCUUCUAAAGCCUUGGUCACUCUAGACACAGCUCCAUGUGUUCCCACUCAAGUCAAUGUGUCAUUAUCUUGUGGGUCGGACACUGCAUCUGUUUCCUGGGCAGCAUCCAGUGGCCUUGUUUCAUACUAUACAGUAACAGCAGUAGAUGAUAAUGGACGUACUCUAACCAGCAACUCCAACAGAACUUCCUGUGACAUCAGCGGCCUGUCGUGUGGUCAGGCGUACAAUGUGUCAGUCACAGCUAUGAGUGUGGACUGCACUGGGCAACGCAGUGAAGUGCGUCGCAUCACUACUGCUCCCUGUGACCCUCAAAACAUCACAACUGUGCUCCAGUGUGACACCAACACAGCCAACGUGACAUGGGCUGCCAGCGCAGGAGCUAAUGGGUACACAGCAAUUGCAACAGACAGGCAGCAGCAACGUUUAGCUUCUUGUCACUCUAUGGGAACUUCCUGUCAGCUGACCUCUCUGCCGUGUGGGAUGAGACUAAAUGUGACUGUCCAAGCUGAUGGCACCACCUGCAACAGCAGCUCUCAACCUAAAGCUGUAGUGGAAACAGCUCCCUGCAUUCCCACCAGUGUUGCUGCCGCUCUAAACUGUACAUCCAACAUUGCUUCCAUCACCUGGUACAGUGCACUUGGUGCCACUUGGUACUUGGUAAAGGUGGAAAGCAGCCAAGGGUACAAGACAUCCUGCAACAACACUGUCACUCAAUGUGAUAUCCCAAACCUGCAGUGUGGCCAGGAAUAUUCCAUCACAGUCAUGGGCAUGAAUGGUGUCUGCAUGGGCCCGGCUAGCCAGCCUAUCACUCUCGUCUCAGCACCGUGCCACAACACUGGCAUUCAAGCCAGUCUGGACUGCCGCAGCAACUCAGCACUCAUUUCUUGGACACCAGGCAAUGGUUCAUUAAGUUUUAAUGCAACACUACAGUCGCUCCAGGACCCCCAAAAGCACAACUGCUUCACCAAUGGCUCCUCCUGCAACAUUGGCUCACUGCCGUGUGGUCAGCACUAUAACAUCUGUAUUACAGGAUACGGCCAGACCUGUUCAACCUCUUCUAAAGCCUUGGUCACUCUAGACACAGCUCCAUGUGUUCCCACUCAAGUCAAUGUGUCAUUAUCUUGUGGGUCGGACACUGCAUCUGUUUCCUGGGCAGCAUCCAGUGGCCUUGUUUCAUACUAUACAGUAACAGCAGUAGAUGAUAAUGGACGUACUCUAACCAGCAACUCCAACAGAACUUCCUGUGACAUCAGCGGCCUGUCGUGUGGUCAGGCGUACAAUGUGUCAGUCACAGCUAUGAAUGUGGACUGCACUGGGCAACGCAGUGACGUGCGUCGCAUCACUACUGCUCCCUGUGACCCUCAAAACAUCACAACUGUGCUCCAGUGUGACACCAACACAGCCAACGUGACAUGGGCUGCCAGCGCAGGAGCUAAUGGGUACACAGCAAUUGCAACAGACAGGCAGCAGCAACGUUUAGCUUCUUGUCACUCUAUGGGAACUUCCUGUCAGCUGACCUCUCUGCUGUGUGGGAUGAGACUAAAUGUGACUGUCCAAGCUGAUGGCACCACCUGCAACAGCAGCUCUCAACCUAAAGCUGUAGUGGAAACAGCUCCCUGCAUUCCCACCAGUGUUGCUGCCGCUCUAAACUGUACAUCUAACAUUGCUUCCAUCACCUGGUACAGUGCACUUGGUGCCACUUGGUACUUGGUAAAGGUGGAAAGCAGCCAAGGGUACAAGACAUCCUGCAACAACACUGUCACUCAAUGUGAUAUCCCAAACCUGCAGUGUGGCCAGGAAUAUUCCAUCACAGUCAUGGGCAUGAAUGGUGUCUGCAUGGGCCCGGCUAGCCAGCCUAUCACUCUCGUCUCAGCACCGUGCCACAACACUGGCAUUCAAGCCAGUCUGGACUGCCGCAGCAACUCAGCACUCAUUUCUUGGACACCAGGCAAUGGUUCAUUAAGUUUUAAUGCAACACUACAGUCGCUCCAGGACCCCCAAAAGCACAACUGCUUCACCAAUGGCUCCUCCUGCAACAUUGGCUCACUGCCGUGUGGUCAGCACUAUAACAUCUGUAUUACAGGAUACGGCCAGACCUGUUCAACCUCUUCUAAAGCCUUGGUCACUCUAGACACAGCUCCAUGUGUUCCCACUCAAGUCAAUGUGUCAUUAUCUUGUGGGUCGGACACUGCAUCUGUUUCCUGGGCAGCAUCCAGUGGCCUUGUUUCAUACUAUACAGUAACAGCAGUAGAUGAUAAUGGACGUACUCUAACCAGCAACUCCAACAGAACUUCCUGUGACAUCAGCGGCCUGUCGUGUGGUCAGGCGUACAAUGUGUCAGUCACAGCUAUGAAUGUGGACUGCACUGGGCAACGCAGUGAAGUGCGUCGCAUCACUACUGCUCCCUGUGACCCUCAAAACAUCACAACUGUGCUCCAGUGUGACACCAACACAGCCAACGUGACAUGGGCUGUCAGCGCAGGAGCUAAUGGGUACACAGCAAUUGCAACAGACAGGCAGCAGCAACGUUUAGCUUCUUGUCACUCUAUGGGAACUUCCUGUCAGCUGACCUCUCUGCCGUGUGGGAUGAGACUAAAUGUGACUGUCCAAGCUGAUGGCACCACCUGCAACAGCAGCUCUCAACCUAAAGCUGUAGUGGAAACAGCUCCCUGCAUUCCCACCAGUGUUGCUGCCGCUCUAAACUGUACAUCCAACAUUGCUUCCAUCACCUGGUACAGUGCACUUGGUGCCACUUGGUACUUGGUAAAUGUGGAAAGCAGCCAAGGGUACAAGACAUCCUGCAACAACACUGUCACUCAAUGUGAUAUCCCAAACCUGCAGUGUGGCCAGGAAUAUUCCAUCACAGUCAUGGGCAUGAAUGGUGUCUGCAUGGGCCCGGCUAGCCAGCCUAUCACUCUCGUCUCAGCACCGUGCCACAACACUGGCAUUCAAGCCAGUCUGGACUGCCGCAGCAACUCAGCACUCAUUUCUUGGACACCAGGCAAUGGUUCAUUAAGUUUUAAUGCAACACUACAGUCGCUCCAGGACCCCCAAAAGCACAACUGCUUCACCAAUGGCUCCUCCUGCAACAUUGGCUCACUGCCGUGUGGUCAGCACUAUAACAUCUGUAUUACAGGAUACGGCCAGACCUGUUCAACCUCUUCUAAAGCCUUGGUCACUCUAGACACAGCUCCAUGUGUACCCACUCAAGUCAAUGUGUCAUUAUCUUUUGGGUCGGACACUGCAUCUGUUUCCUGGACAGCAUCCAGUGGCCUUGUUUCAUACUAUACAGUAACAGCAGUAGAUGAUAAUGGACGUACUCUAACCAGCAACUCCAACAGAACUUCCUGUGACAUCAGCGGCCUGUCGUGUGGUCAGGCGUACAAUGUGUCAGUCACAGCUAUGAGUGUGGACUGCACUGGGCAACGCAGUGAAGUGCGUCGCAUCACUACUGCUCCCUGUGACCCUCAAAACAUCACAACUGUGCUCCAGUGUGACACCAACACAGCCAACGUGACAUGGGCUGCCAGCGCAGGAGCUAAUGGGUACACAGCAAUUGCAACAGACAGGCAGCAGCAACGUUUAGCUUCUUGUCACUCUAUGGGAACUUCCUGUCAGCUGACCUCUCUGCCGUGUGGGAUGAGACUAAAUGUGACUGUCCAAGCUGAUGGCACCACCUGCAACAGCAGCUCUCAACCUAAAGCUGUAGUGGAAACAGCUCCCUGCAUUCCCACCAGUGUUGCUGCCGCUCUAAACUGUACAUCUAACAUUGCUUCCAUCACCUGGUACAGUGCACUUGGUGCCACUUGGUACUUGGUAAAGGUGGAAAGCAGCCAAGGGUACAAGACAUCCUGCAACAACACUGUCACUCAAUGUGAUAUCCCAAACCUGCAGUGUGGCCAGGAAUAUUCCAUCACAGUCAUGGGCAUGAAUGGUGUCUGCAUGGGCCCGGCUAGCCAGCCUAUCACUCUCGUCUCAGCACCGUGUCACAACACUGGCAUUCAAGCCAGUCUGGACUGCCGCAGCAACUCAGCACUCAUUUCUUGGACACCAGGCAAUGGUUCAUUAAGUUUUAAUGCAACACUACAGUCGCUCCAGGACCCCCAAAAGCACAACUGCUUCACCAAUGGCUCCUCCUGCAACACUGGCUCACUGCCGUGUGGUCAGCACUAUAACAUCUGUAUUACAGGAUACGGCCAGACCUGUUCAACCUCUUCUAAAGCCUUGGUCACUCUAGACACAGCUCCAUGUGUUCCCACUCAAGUCAAUGUGUCAUUAUCUUGUGGGUCGGACACUGCAUCUGUUUCCUGGGCAGCAUCCAGUGGCCUUGUUUCAUACUAUACAGUAACAGCAGUAGAUGAUAAUGGACGUACUCUAACCAGCAACUCCAACAGAACUUCCUGUGACAUCAGCGGCCUGUCGUGUGGUCAGGCGUACAAUGUGUCAGUCACAGCUAUGAAUGUGGACUGCACUGGGCAACGCAGUGAAGUGCGUCGCAUCAGUACUGCACCCUGUGCUCCUCAGUCUGUGGUCAGUCAGCUCUUAGACUGUCGAACAGGUGAUGUUCAGAUCAGCUGGCAGUCGAGUAAAGGGGCACAGAUCUACUAUGCUCAAGCAAAAUCCACAGUCAAGACUCUGGUGUGUAACUCUACCUCCACGUCCUGCAUAAUCCCUGCAAUUUGCUGUGGGCAGACGCACAAUAUCACUGUGGUUGCAGUGGCCAACAGCUGUAGCUCCAACACCAGUGUGGCCAGUCAGGUCACUGCAGGUCCUUGUGUACCACAAAAUGUGUCGGCCAGUGUAAGCUGUAGCAGCAACAUAGCAAGUGUAACCUGGGGGAGCACCCAAGGGGCGGAGCUUUACACAGUGACAGCCAGCAGUGCUAACGGCCUUUCAGCUAACUGCACCUCAACAUCCACUUCCUGUAACCUGCCAACUUUGACCUGCGGACAGUCUUACACAAUCACAGUGAAGGCAAAGGGCAGCAACUGCAGCAGUGGGAACAGUGCGCCUGUUCAAGUUCAAGCAGUGCCCUGUACCCCAAGUAAUGUCCUGCCCAUCAUGGAUUGUGUCACAAAUGCUUUAGUGGUAUCAUGGACACCUGGUGCAGGAGGACAGUAUUACACGGCCACCUUGCAGGACAGCAAUGGACUGUCCACCACCUGCCAGUCUACAGGCUCACAGUGUAAUGUGACAGGCCUCAGAUGUGGUCAACUGUACCAUAUCAAUGUGACAGCGUCAGAUGGUUUGUGCAGCAGCCCUCCCAGUGCCACUGUGAACACUAACUCAGCACCAUGUCUGUCCACCAGUGUGUCUGCCGUAGUGGACUGUGCGACAGAUUCAGUUCUAGUGUCCUGGGGUUCCAUUGCUGGGGCGGAGAAUUACUCUGUGACAGCUUUGGGGUCAGGAGGUCAAAGGCUUUCUUGCUCAACCAGUCAGAACAACUGUAACAUGUCCUCCCUGCAGUGUGACCAGCACUUUAACCUCACCUUCACCUCUACAAACCAGCAAUGCCAGAUGACCUCCGCCACCAAUGUCACGUUUCAGUCCAGACCCUGUGCACCACUGCAGCCGGAAGUCUCUAAACUGUGCGGUAACAAAAUGUCAGUGAUGUCUUGGGAUUUGAGAGAAGGAGCUGGUUACUACAUCGCUCGAGCCGUCAGUGCAGUAGGAGGAUACCAGCUCUGUAACUCCACCAACUCUGUUUGUACCUUCUCUACUCUGGGCUGUGGCGAGACCUACACUUUUUCUGUCACCGCCCACAGAGACCGCUGCCAAAGUGACCCCAGUGCACCUGUAUACCUUACUUCAGAUCCUUGCAAGCCAGAGAACGUGACUGCUAAUGUUUCAUGUGACAGUGAGACGGCAGCGUUUAACUGGUCAAAAGCCAAAGGUGCAUCAUUCUACACUGUGAUGGCAAUAGGGAGUCUGGGAUAUAUUGCAGAAUUCAACACUACUUCUACUAACCUGUCUGUUCCACUGCUCUGUGGACAAAGCUACAACGUGUUUGUCGAAGCGCAUAACAUUUACUGUGAGAGCCCACCAAGCACUGCUGCAGUUUUCAGACUCGCUCCAUGUCCCCCUCAGAACGUAUCUGCCGUUGUGCAGUGUGAUUUAGGGUCUGUGCUGGUGAGUUGGAACCCAGCAGUUGAUGCAGGCCAGUUCAGAGUUGAACUGGAGUCCCAGAGCACCAGUGCGAUCUCCUCCUGUAUCAGCACAAACACACAGUGCUCCAUCGCCCAUCUGCCCUGUGGAGAGAGAUUCAACCUCAGUGUGGUGGCACUGGGGGGCAGCUGUCAGAGUCAACCAAGCAGUGACCUUUCCAUCUCCUCAGCUCCAUGUAUCCCACAGGGAGUCACUGGUACUGUGGACUGUGUAACUAACUCUGCAUGGGUAUCAUGGGAUGUAGAUAAUGGUGCAGAAUCUUACACAGUGCUGGCUGUAAGGGAUGACGGUCACAAUACCACCUGUAGCAGCUCAAACACCACCUGUAAUGUAGCUGACUUGGGGUGCGGAAGGAGCUACACCUUUAACGUCACUGCCUCGAGUGCUGCUUGUGUGAGCCCACCCAGUAACAGCUUUCAGCUGGAGACAGCACCUUGUGCCUUGUCAUCCAUCGUGGUGGUGGCUAAAUGCAACAGUUCUGUUAUCAUGGUACAGUGGCAGAGAGCUCAGAGCGUAAAGUCUCUCUACAUUGCCACAGCAGUGGAUCAAGACCAUUCCCUGCUUUCCUGCAAUAGUUCCACUUCUUCAUGCAACCUUACCAAUGUGCAGUGCGACAAGGAGUACACCAUCAUUGUAGCCGCUUCGGCCAACCAAUGCAGCAGCCUCCGCAGCCCACCCUACAAGAUCAGAACUGCACCCUGUCCACCCUCAUCAGUACAGGCCAAUGUAGACUGUCAGUCGAAGGAUGCAUUUGUGUCAUGGGACCCAUCAUAUGUGGCAACGUCGUACCUGCUUACUGCAGUCGGCAGAAAUGGAGACUUGAAGACGUGCAAUACCUCGGACAAUAACUGCACGCUAAGUGAUCUGCGUUGCAGCAACACCUACUAUGUGUCCGUUUUAGCCAGUAACAAGAACUGCACCAGUCUGCCCAGUGCUAACAUCACCUUCCAAACGGUCCCGUGUGGGCCAGCCAACUUAACAGCAAACAUACUGUGUGGGAACAGUAGUAGUGCCUCCUUGUCAUGGGCAAGGAGUACAGGGGCGGUGGUCUACAGGGGACUUGCUCAGUCAGAAACCGGUACAACAUUCUACUGUGAAACCCCAAACACGUUCUGUACUCUGGAGGGCUUAGUGUGCGGCACUGUGUACAACUUUACUGUGCAGGCAACAGACGGUCUCUGCAACAGUUCCUUGAGUGAACCUCAAACUAAGGGAGCAGCUCCUUGUCCUCCAACUGGAUUUAGGGUUGUCCCUCGUACAGUAGUGAAUGAUACUCAGAUCUUGAGGGCAUCUUGGUCUACUGUGAGUUGUCCUAAUUCUGAAUACCUCCUGGCACUCACGGGCAACAUUCAGGGCAACAGCCAGGGACUCUUUGACCUAGCCUCCUAUUGGACAAGUCGCAGGUUCUUUGAGGUCCCCCUCCCUUGUGGCUCCGCUUACAGUGCAACCAUCAGCGCGAGGAACUCUGCCGCCACAAGCGACAAAUCUGCUGCAAUCACUGGAACUACAGUACCUUGUGCACCUCUGAAUGUGACGUUCUCUGCGUCGUUGGCGAAAGUGGGAUGGAACGAGUCUCUAUUUGCUACAAACUACACUGUGUAUGGGGUUACUUCCUCUGGUAGGACGAAACUAUGCAUGACCUCAAUGCUCCUCUGCUCUGUCACCAAUUUUAGCAGUGGCCAGAUUGUCGUAACUGCCAGCAACACUGCCGGGGAGAGUGGUGACUCAGUGCCUGUUUCAGUGACAGCAGUUCGCAGGAGGAGGUGAGUCCUGGCACAAAGUGAGAAAGGACUGACCAACCCUGAGUAAAUGCUUGCAUCUCAUCGCACUCAAACUCUUGCCUCUGGGAAUUCCUGCACUUUACCUUAGAAUUUGUUAAACUAUUAUAUACAAAUAUUCUGGUUCAAGGUUCACCUUUUUUUUUUUUUUAAACAAUAUUUAAGGGUGGAAUA